AUGACUACGAAGACGGCUCUUCUCUUUCUAGCGGCGACGCUCAUCGCCGCGACGUUCGCGACGCCGGUCGAUCCGGAAAGGACGGAGGCGUUCCGCUUUCUGCGAACGUACGGUUUUCUGAGGGACGGCGGAAGAUCGCUAUUAUCCGAUAAUGCGACGUCUCUGCGUCGCGCGCUGUCGCUGUUUCAAGAAUAUUAUCAACUACCUAGUAAUGGCGCGCUAAACGCCGAUACGCUCAAUCUCAUGCGCAAACCGCGAUGCGGUCUAGCGGACAUUCCCGAUCGCGCGUACAGCCCGUUCGCGAAAAAAUGGUCGAAAACGAGACUCACAUGGAAUUUUCAAGUGGCUAGCGAGGAACUCCUACGAACGACCGAAGCGGCGUUCGCGCUAUGGGCGGCGAGUUCGUCGUUGAGGUUCGCGCACGACUCGCAACGUCCCGAUAUAUUGAUAUCGUAUCGAACGGGCGCUCAUACCUAUGCGAACGUCGAAAACGGCGACGUCUGCCCAGCGGUCUUCGAAGGUCCGGGCGGGAGCCUAGCUCACGCGUUCCUUCCUACCGGAGCGGCCGACUUCGCCUCGGAGGUGCACGUCGACGACGAGGAGCCGUGGCACGUGCUUCUGAACAAGAAUCCUUCCGACAAGUAUCAUCUGCUACUAACGCUAACUCACAAGAUCGGACACACCUUAGGUCUACAGCACAGCAUGCGUAACGACUCGGUGAUGUUUCCGUAUAUACCCGACAACGAGCUUCAAUAUCCGGUUAAACUAAGCGUAGAGGAUAUCCUCGCUGUACAAAAUCUGUACGGAUCUCACGACGACGGAGAUCGGCCCGCGAUUCCCGCGACCACCGCGGCGCCCGCUACCACCGUAGCGCCGACGACCGGCGUCGCGCCGACCGAUCCGUCGCGCGCGGAUCUUUGCGCUUUACGGCGCUUAGACGCGGCCUUAAUAAUGAAUCAACAUUUAUACGUAUCUAAUCGACGCAACGUAUGGUCGAUCGAUCUAAUCGAUAAACGCUACGGUAGACCCAUGACGCUAACGGAAUACGCGACGUUUCUUCCGAACAAUUUCACGCGUCUAUCUGCCACGUAUCAAAGACCCUCGGGCGAUCUCGCUCUAUUCGCGAACGACGCGAUCUAUCUCGUGGAAUAUCCUAGUUUUAAAUUGAAACCUAAUUGGCCUAGAUCCCUUCACAGUAUCGGAUUUCCUCGAAACGCUAAGAUUAACGCUGCGAUAAACACGCACUCGGGACGAACCUACGCUAUCUACGACGACGACAAAGUAGCUGAGAUCGACGAGUGCCGCAUGCUGGUCGUUAAACACGCUCCGUUAAAAGAUAUAUUUCCCGGAAUAUCAUCCGCGAUAACGUCAGCCUUUCGAUACAUCGACGGUAAUCUUUACUUCUUCGCUAAACGUCAAUUUUACACGUUUAACGAAUUUAGGAACAUCGUUACCUCGGCGGGUCCCUUCGACUUGCGCGUUCUCGAUAUAGAGUGCCCCACGGACGGACUAUUACGACAAUUACGGGAUCUCCUCAGUCGCGUCUAUCGCCUCGACGACUCGAUCGAGAACGCCGACGAGGACGACGAAAGUGACUUCCAGUAA